GUGCAUGUGUGCUCCACGCCUGGCUUCUCAGGCUUUAAAAUGUGUGUCAGCAGCAGCAGCAGCAGCCACGAAGAGGCCCCCGUCCUGAACGACAAGCACCUGGAUGUGCCCGACAUCAUCAUCACGCCCCCCACCCCCACGGGCAUGAUGCUGCCGAGGGACUCGGGGAACACAGUCUGGUUGGAUGAGACAGGGUCGUGCCCGGAUGAUGGAGAACUCGACCCGGAAGCCUGAGGAGGUGUCGUGGAUUUGUCUGGUGGGCUCCUGCUGCAGGGUCCCACCUUCAGGUGUCCGGGGGCGUGGCUGCCUGGAGCAGGUGUGCUGAAUACCCUGGAUGGGAACUGAGCGAAUCUGGUCUCCGCUGGGAGAGAUGUGGCAGGACCAGCGAGGAAUCCAGCCUGCCUGCUUCCGGAACAGUGUUUCCCGACCCUGCUGAGUGGACUGGACCUCUGACACCUCCAGGGUCUUGCUGACUCCAGCCUGGUGCAAGGGAGCUCCAUGGUCCUGGCUGUUGGGGUCCCAGGGAGAGGCUCUCUUCAGGACAAACACACCUUCCCAGCCCCACGGGCUGUGCAAACACAUGCCCCUGCCAUAAGCACAAACAAGAACUUCUUGCAGGUGGAGUGGCUGUUUUUUAUAAGUUGUUGUACAGAUGUGGGAACAGUCCAAAAUGGGAUUUAUAAUUUCUUUUUUUUGCAUUAUAAAUAAAGAUCCUCUGUAACAAAUGGUGAA